CUUGCUGGGACAUGGAUAUAUCAAGCAUGAGCCGCACGUUACUCGGGCCGCCCCAGAGCCCCUUCAUUUAGAUUGGACGACAAUGUCGCUUUAUGCUGUUUCCGCCGGCUUGUUUUUUAAGGGAAAUUCGUUUCUGAGCUUGUAAGAAGUUUUCUCUGUUCUAGAGGGAGUUUAUAUCCUGUCCGGCUAUAAUAAUUGUGUCUCCAGGAGUUAUCAAAAGAUCAAGGUCGAAACGUCACAACCCUUGGUUCCUUUCGGAUUUAUGUGCAGCAUGGAGCAGCAUAUCGCUUUAAUAAAGAAAGUGAGUGCUACCUCCGCAGUCCAGUCUGUCCUCGAUGUGGCUGAUAACCUCCAGCUAAGUCUGAGUCCUGAGCCCACAGCAGAGGAAAUAGGGCUGAGCAGCGGUGAGCGGCCGCCCUCUGAUCUGAUCUUCGGGAAUGAAGACUUAAAGCAGAUGUUGGAAAGUAACAAAGACUCCUCCAAACUGGAAGCAAUGAAGAGGAUUAUAGGGAUGAUUUCAGCUGGAAAAAAUGCCUCAGAGUUAUUUCCGGCCGUCGUAAAGAACGUUGCCAGCAAAAAUCUCGAGAUAAAGAAGCUGGUGUACGUUUACCUGGUACGAUAUGCAGAGGAACAGCAAGACUUGGCGCUCUUAUCUAUCGCCACCUUUCAGCGUGGGUUAAAAGAUCCUAACCAACUUAUACGUGCAAGCGCUCUGCGGGUGUUAUCUAGUAUCCGGGUGCCAAUUAUUGUCCCUAUAAUGAUGCUGGCUAUAAAAGAAGCUGCAGCAGACUUGUCUCCCUAUGUGCGGAAGACUGCAGCGCAUGCCAUCCAGAAGCUUUAUAGCCUUGAUCCAGAGCAGAAGGACAUGCUUAUUGAGGUCAUCGAGAAACUUCUUAAAGAUAAAAGCACGCUUGUUGCAGGUAGUGUCGUGAUGGCCUUUGAAGAGGUUUGUCCAGACCGAAUUGACCUGAUUCACAAAAAUUAUCGCAAACUGUGUAACCUGCUGGUGGAUGUGGAGGAAUGGGGCCAGGUGGUUAUAAUUCACAUGCUGACUCGAUAUGCUCGUACUCAGUUUAUCAGCCCGUGGACAGAGGAUGAAACUGAAGAUGCAAAUGCAAACAAAUUUUACGAAUCCGAUGAGGAAAACGAGAAGCCAUCUGACCAGAAGAAGCCUUAUACAAUGGACCCUGACCACAGGCUGCUAUUGAGAAAUACCAAACCGUUGUUGCAGAGCAGAAAUGCUGCGGUCGUCGUGGCAGUAGCGCAGCUUUACUGGCACUUGGCCCCAAAAUCGGAAACCAUUUCGAUUGCCAAAUCCCUGGUCCGUGUACUCCACAGUCACAGGGAGGUGCAAUACAUUGUUCUUCAGAACAUUGCGACCAUGUCCAUACAGAGGAAGGGUUUGUUUGAGCCAUUUUUAAAGAGCUUCUAUAUUCUAUCAACUGACCCGACUAUGAUUAAAACACUAAAGCUUGACAUAAUGACUAAUCUGGCAACUGAAGCGACCAUCUCCACUCUGCUCCGGGAGUUCCAGACCUAUGUAAAAAGCCAGGACAAGCAGUUUGCCGCAGCCACCAUUCAGGCGAUAGGACGCUGCGCCACCAAUAUAUCUGCUGUGACUGACACAUGUCUUAAUGGCCUUGUGUACCUAUUGUCAAAAAGGGACGAUAUUGUGGUCGCGGAAAGUGUGGUGGUCAUUAAAAAUCUCCUACAAACUCAGCCGAGUCAGCAUGGUGAAAUAAUCAAACACAUGGCGAAGCUCCUUGACAAAAUUACUGUUCCCAUGGCAAGGGCCAGCAUUCUGUGGCUUAUUGGCGAGUAUUGUGAGCGAGUGCCUAAAAUUGCACCUGAUGUGCUGAGGAAGAUGGCAAAGAGCUUCAUUAAUGAGGAUGACCUUGUCAAGCUGCAGAUAUUAAACCUUGCAGCAAAGCUGUACUUAACCAAUUCCAAACAGACAAAAUUGCUUACCCAGUACAUAUUAAAUCUCGGCAAAUAUGAUCAGAAUUACGAUAUCCGGGACCGCACGCGCUUUGUAAGGCAGCUCAUUGUUCCAAACGAGAAGAGUGGCGCCCUGAGUAAAUACGCCAAGAGAAUAUUUCUUGCCCAGAAACCAGCUCCCGUUCUAGAAUCUCCUUUCAAAGAUCGAGACCGUUUCCAGCUGGGUACGCUGUCUCACACGCUGAAUGCUAAGGCAUCUGGGUACUUGGAGCUGUCGGACUGGCCAGAGGUGGCGCCAGAUCCCUCUGUCCGGAAUGUGGAAGUUAUUGAACCGGCUAAAACAUGGACUAAUUCAGUGGGAAAGUCUAAGAAAGAGAAGGCUACUUCAGAUAAGUUUUACUCCUCUGAAGAAGAGAAAGAAGAGGAUAAUGAGUCUGCAGCCAGCAGUGAUGAAGAAUCUGGUAGCAAGGAGGAUAGUGAUGAUCAAGAGGAAAGUAGCAGUGAGGAAAGUGAGGAGGACUCGUCAAGUGAGGAGGAAAAGUCAAGCCAUGAAGACUACCCUAAAAAAGGGAAGAAAACUAGAAAUGAUAGUGAAUCUGACGAUGAAAAUAAUGGAAACCCCAAACAGAGUGAUGGGUCAAGCUCUUUGUCCUCUGGUGGAAGUUCGGAGUCUGACUCUUCAUCAGAAUCUGGAGAGGACAGUGAAUCUGAGCCAGAGGCACCUAGAAAUGGGACCAAAUCCAAGAAAACUGAAAGUAAACCUGCCAAAGAACCUGCCAGGAAAAAAGACAUAUCCCUUCUAGACCUAGACGACUUUAAUGAUGUGCUGCCUUCAGUAGCUCUUCCCAAACCUGCCAUCCUUUCUCCCAGUUUAAUAUCAGACCUGCAAGGUUUAACCCUCUCCACUCCAUCUCCAGUAAUAAACGUGUACUUGCCAUCUUUUGUCCCUUCAAAGACCCAUGAACUUCUCCAUCGAAUGAGUGGCAAGGGUCUGGCAGCCCAAUACCACUUCCCACGACAUCCGUGUAUUUUUGGAGCUCAAAUGGUCUCUGUGCAAAUUGCUUUUAACAAUUCCAGUGACAAAGAAAUAGAAGACAUUCACAUAGAAGAACAGAAAUCUGAUCUGAAGAUGCAUUUGUUCAGCCCAGUAGAUUCUCUGGAGCCAGAGGGAUCCAUUACUGUCUCAAUGGGUAUUGACUUUUGUGAUUCCACUCAGACUGCCAGCUUCCAGUUGUGCACCAAAGAUGACAGAUUUUCUGUUGCAAUACAACCACCACCCGGAGAACUUCUCUUACCAGUAACCAUGUCAGAAACAGACUUUAAGAAAGAGCAGGCAAAGCUAACAGGUAUGAAUGAAAGCUCAGCGACUAUAACGGUAUCUCCACACAACAGUACACCACAAGGGGUGGUACAGAAGUUUUUGGCAGCUGCCAACCUAGGGGUUGUACCCUCAGGCCAAAACAAUGUACACAGAUUUGCAGCAAAGACUGUGCACAGUGGGUCAUUGAUGCUGGUCACAGUGGAGCUGAAGGAAGGCUCUACAGCUCGGCUCAUCAUAAACACAGAGAAGACGGUGAUUGGCUCAGUUCUGCUGCGGGAGCUGAAGCCUGUCCUGUCCCAGGGGUAACCAGCUUACAUCUGGACUUCAGAAUCUGGCACAAAACAAAAGUGCCUGGCAUCAACUACUGCUGCCUUUCAUUUAUAAUAAUAGCCCUUCCAUCUGGCAGUAGUGGGAAGAAUACACCCUGGACAAUCUUGUCUCCUGCUUCAGAAUGCUAGUAUCUAUCAUGUAUGCAAGCCCUUGUGAUAGCGGAGCUUGCUAACCAAAGAUCAUACAUUUUUAUGUCAUUUUUCUCUGCCAUUUGUUACAUUUACUAGCAGUUAUUGGAAAACCUUUGUUUUCUUUGUAAUACCAGUCCACUAAGCACCUUGGGUCUGGGUAAGACAUUUCCGCAGUCUGCCACUUGAGAUAUGUCCAUGGUACUAAAGUGGGCAUGACUGAACGUUUGACAUUCUCACAUAUUUGGUGAAAUAAAAAUGGAAUCUGUUACCACCAGGUUUUUAUACGAUUGUGAUCAUUCCUGCUUUCAUUUCAUGAAUAAAUGUUAUUGAACAUGA